AUGUCAGAUCCAGCUGUAACUGCCGAUAUUUUAGAAUACAUUGAUUAUAUCAUACAACAAUGCAAAGAUGAUACUCAUUAUGAAAAUAUUAAAUCCUACUUAGAUUAUGUGUUUAAAUGUAGAGAUGAAAUGAAAUGGGCUGAAUUCGAAUAUUGUAUUUUAUUCCCAUUUAAUGUCUUAAAAAUGAAAAGUAUAAAAAUAAUGAUUAAAUAUCCAAAGAUUGGAGACCACUCAAAAGUAAAAGAAUAUCUCCAGUCUCUUAAUGAUGGAGGGAAGAAUUCAUUUGAGAGAAAAGUACUUUUUCUUCCUCUUUCUGUUCCAAAAUAUGCAGUUAUUGAAUCAACUGAAGAAAUUAACAAAAGACCAGAAUGGUUCAAUGUUGUUAAUCAAAUAUGUGUUGAUGAACUCCCAACCAAUAAAUGCAAUAAAAUUACUUCAUUUUUUAAGAAUAUGUGUCCAUCUCUUGAAUAUGAUUCAAUGUCUUGUGUUACUUUAACUCAGAGAAUAUGUCAGGAACACACAGACUGUAAGAAAGCAAUUGAUGAACUAUUAAAACAAAAUUCACAAAGUCUUGUGAAUAUGUUUGAAACAAAACGAAAUAAUGGAAAAAGUAUUAAAGAUAAAUAUGAAAAUGAUACAACUAUUGAAGAUCAAUUUGAACAGCCACUGACUGGCCCUAAAAGAGAACGAAAAGUAUGUUUAAUUAGAAUGGACUAUGAUAUUGUAAGUAAGGGAAUUGAACAACGUCCUCUAGAAAAAAGAGGUAGUGAAAGUCAAAUAGACCGAAACAACCAAAUAACCUCUCAUCAGUUAAAUAAUUCCCUACAUCAUCCCGAUUUUCAUGAAGCUCCAAUUCAUUUAUGGAUCAACCUAUUACUAAUAGAAUGA